AUGAAGGAGGUUGAGAAAAGGAAAACCCCAAAUACUAAAAACACCAAGCGCUCAGGAAGAACUGAAAGGAGAGACAAUAAACUGAAUCAAGGGAAUCCUGGCAAGAGAUUGAAUGGAAAAGAAACUGAAUCUAAAGACUCUUAUGCUAUACCAGACCCCAGUACUUUAGUAAGUGAUUCAAACACGGGCACCGAGCUCUCUGAAGUUAAUGAAAACUUGGUUAUACAUUAUGUGGAUGAUGUGAACAGGUUUGAGGAGGUGCCUCAAGAUCUCAAAGCCAAUCCAAUGAUUUCCAAAGGGAACAUUGAUGACGCUUCAGAUGAUCAUUCCAGUGAUUUUGAAAGAGAAACAAAGCAUGGGAAGGAAGAGGUGUCAGAUUGUGAGACAAUAAAGGAUUCUGUAUCAUCUCAAGGGGAUUCACCUUCCCUUGAGGAUGAGAAUGUAGAACGAGCUUCAAGGGUUCCCAAAAUCAUUGCAAAGAAGAAUCUCUCAGAGAGCUCUCAUGGAUCCAGGGAGAGGUCUCCUAGUGAAUCUAAGUCAAAAUCGAAGGUGCUACAUCCUCCAGAGAAAAAAUCCACUAAUUCUAAUGAAGGAGCUUUGGGUAACACCAGAACUUCUUCUAGGAACAGUUCUAGCAAUACAGAAGUUCCCUCUAAACCUUUGUCAGAAUCAUCUGAAGAAGUUGAUGAUAAUCUUAUUAUAGAGGUAAAAGGAAGUCAUAUCCUAGAUGGGGCUUCAAAUGGUGCCCAGAGUGUUGAAAGUGACAAUGAAACAGUACAUGCUGAAGAAAAUGGUGAGCAAGAGGAUGUAACUGCUUUGGAACGAAAGGUUGAAGAAAUGGAAAUGAGAAUUGAGAAACUUGAAGAAGAGCUCCGAGAAGUUGCUGCUCUUGAAAUUUCCCUCUAUUCUGUAGUACCAGAGCAUGGGAGCUCAGCGCAUAAAGUGCACACACCGGCUCGGCGCAUUUCUAGACUUUAUAUUCAUGCUUGCAAGCUUUGGACUCAGGACAAGCGAGCCACAAUUGCUAAGAACACUGUAUCAGGGCUUGUUUUGAUUGCAAAGUCCUGUGGCAAUGAUGUUCCAAGGUUAACCUUCUGGUUAUCAAACACUGUUGUGCUAAGGGAGAUCAUAUCUCAAGCAUUUGGCAUUUCACACCAGUCAAGUUCUUUAACAAAGUUUGCUGAUAUAAAUGGGACUAGCAAAAGAAAUGGAGUGAAGUCUCCAACACUGAAAUGGAGGGGUGGUUCUGGUGGUAAACAAAUGAACGGUUUUAUGCAGUUUGCUGAUGACUGGCAAGAGACAGGAAACUUCACAGCUGCAUUAGAAAAAGUUGAAUCUUGGAUUUUCUCUCGGAUAGUUGAGUCCGUAUGGUGGCAGGCUUUGACUCCAAAUAUGCAAUCUCCAGCUGAGUAUUCGUCUAAUAAUAACACAAUUGUAAGGUUGUUGGGACCUGCACUGGGUGAUCAGAAGCAAGGCAGCUUUUCUGUGAACCUUUGGAAAAAUGCUUUCCAGGAUGCUUCUCAACGACUCUGUCCUGUUCGGGCAGGAGGGCACAAGUGUGGCUGCUUGCCUGUGUUGGCGAGAAUGGUUAUGGAACAUUGUGUUGCAAGGCUAGAUGUGGCAAUGUUCAAUGCUAUUCUGCGUGAGUCAGCCCAUGAGAUCCCUACUGAUCCAGUGUCAGAUCCCAUUGUUGAUCCCAGGGUUCUACCUAUUCCUGCUGGCGAUUUGAGUUUUGGGUCUGGUGCACAACUCAAAAAUUCUGUUGGAAAUUGGUCUAGAUGGCUAAGUGAUAUGUUUGACAUGGAUGCUGAUGAUUCCCUGCAAGAAGAUCAGCCCGGCAGUCAGGAUGAUGACAGGCAGAGUGGGGAUGGUGAAUCUAAAUCCUUCCUUCUUCUCAAUGCCUUGAGUGAUCUUUUAAUGCUUCCCAAAGACAUGCUUAUCGAUCGAUCAAUCAGAAAGGAGGUGUGCCCUUCAAUUAGUCUCCCAUUAGUUAAGCGGAUACUUUGUAACUUCACUCCAGAUGAGUUCUGCCCAGAUGCUGUCCCAGGAGCUGUAUUGGAGGCACUGAAUGCUGAGAGCAUUGUGGACCGCCGAUUGUCGGGAGAAUCUGCUAGAAGCUUCCCCUAUACAGCGGCACCAGUUAUGUACAGCCCACCUUCCUCAGCUGAUGUGGCAGAAAAAGUUUCAGAAGCAGGAGGAAGAUCUCAACUGGAAAGGAACGUCUCAGCUGUACAGAGAAAGGGAUAUACCAGUGAUGAGGAGCUGGAGGAGCUGGAUUCUCCUCUAACAUCCAUCAUUGACAAAUUACCGUCAUCUCCAACUAUCGUAGCAAAUGGAAAUGGAAAACAUGAGCACACGGGUCAUGCCUGCAUGAAUGCGAGGUACGAACUGCUUCGUGAGGUGUGGUCUGGGUAA